AUGGAUGUUCACAUGAUGUAUGUCGAUCCAAAUGAUAAUUCGGAAGAUGACGAAGUUAUCGACCAAGUGAGCGAUGGCGAAGUCGAUCAUGAGUCAAUUGACGAAAGAGACGACUACAGUAUAGAAUCCGGCGAGACUGCUGAUGAAGAAGAAGAUUCGCCAGCCAACAACACAUUUGCAUCGCGAGACGGUACAUUGCAGUGGAGUGCAAAUCCGCCGGCCACUCGAUCGAAACAUCGUGUCGAAACAAUUUUGCGAUUGAAGCCUGGUGCAACAACAUAUGCCAGCAGUCGUGUAACUGACGAUCCGGUUAUAGCGUUUCGAUUGUUUAUGACUGCUAACAUUAUGCGAAUCAUUGUUGAUUAUACAAACAAAGAAGGGAGAAAAGUAUACAAAGACGAAUGGAUCGAUAUCGACGACAUUACGCUCGAUGCUUACUUUGGUAUUUUGAUAUUGGCUGGAGUCUACAAUGCAUAUUGCCAGAGCACCGACGAACUGUUUGCAUCGACCAAUCGAGCGGAAUAUCGUGCUAUUUUCAGCAAGCAAAAGUUUCAAAACAUAACAAGAGUUUUGCGAUUCGAUACUCGUGACGAUCGUAAUCAUCGCGACAAACUUUCGCCGAUUCGCGAGGUUUACACACUCUGGAAUUCUGCUUUGCAUCGAAAUUAUAAUCCGCAUCAAAACGUUACAAUUGACGAACAGCUUAUCAAAUUCAAAGGCCACUGCCCAUUUCGUCAAUAUAUUCCCAACAAACCGGAAAAAUAUGGAAUAAAAAUGUUUGUAUUAUGCGACAGCGAAAUAAAAUAUUGCUGCAACACUGAUAUUUAUACUGGGCGAGCACCGAAUGAGCAACGAGAAGUGAAUCAAGGAAAACGAGUGGUUUUGCAGCUAAUUUCAUGUUUAUCGAGUGGCCACAAUAUAACUUGUGACAAUUUUUUCACGAGCUAUGAGUUGGCAGUGGAUCUUUUGAGAAAUCAUAAAAUGACGAUGGUCGACACCGUUCGCAAAAAUAAAAUAUUCUUGCCAUACCAUAUUGUCAAUGUCAAGCAUCGUAUGGUGGAGACGUCUCUGUUUGCGUUCGCUGAAAAUCCAGAUGUGACCAUCACAUCGUAUGUGCCGAAGAAAAAUCGUUGCGUUGUUCUUAUGAGCACCAAGCACCAUGACACAACUUGUAUUGCAGAGAAGAAAAACAAGCUCGAAAUUAUUCAAUUUUACAACGAUACAAAGGCUGGUGUUGAUCUUUUAGAUCAAAUGAUCGGCUCUUACACGUGCAAACGUAAAACCAACCGUUGGCCGAUGGCAGUCUUGAGCGCUAUUAUCGUUUUAUACAAAGAAUGCAACGCAAAUUGGGUACAUGCCGGUAAGAAAUACAAGCGUCGUGAGUUCCUGAAAGAUUUGGGUAUGAAAUUGGUGGAACCAGAGAUCAUGCGUCGGAAGAAAAUGCCAAGGUGUGAAAAUCCUGCCAAUUUGAUAAAAGAUAUAUGUAAAUGGACGCUGGGUGAGCCGUCCAUAUCCGCUUCAGACAACAUUUCGGCUCCAAAACGUAAAAGAUGCUAUAUGUGCAAAAAUGACAACAAACAUGCAGAGAGUUGCACAAUCUGCAAGAAAACGAUUUAA